CCCAACUUCAGCUAAAUUUCUUUCUCGACCCACGCCUGAUCCUUUCUUCUGCUCUGGAAGAGACCUUUUGGACGCGGCCAGAGAGAGAAAUCAAGAGGCUUACACCGUGAGUUAAAAAGGAGGUUCAGAAUGAAUAUCUCAAAGCCCAUCGGGUCUGAAAUCACAGACGUCGAGUUUGGAUACUUCACUGCUCAGGAUAUCCGAAAUCUUUCAGUCAAGCAGAUUACGCAUCCCCAGGUUUUCGACAGCCUGGGACAUCCUAUUUCUGGUGGUCUACACGAUCUCGCGCUUGGAGCGUUUGACAAGCAGCCAUGCGCAACAUGCCGUUUGGACUCUCGCUUCUGCCCGGGACAUUUGGGACACAUCAGCCUUCCGAUUGAAGUUUACAAUCCUUUGUUUUUCAGUCAGAUGUAUAUUCUUCUCCGAAGCACCUGUCUUUACUGCUACAGCUUCCGCCUAAAGAAAGUCGAGACUCAUCGACAUGAGUGCAAACUCAGACUGCUCCAGUACAGUCUGAUCAGCGAGUGCGAGACUCUCGACAACAUGCACAUCUCCGGUGGAAUCGAGGAGGAGAUCGAAGAGGAGGAAGCCCUCGAAGACAAUCGACUCAGCUCGGCCUCGGGCGGUUCGGCCAAAAAGUCGAAAUCAAAGUCCGGCUCAGACAAAGAGCUCAUGAAGGCUCGCGAGAAGUUUGUGGAGGAAUGCAUCGCUCGAGUUAAGGAAGAAGGUGGCCAUGUUCAUCAGAGUGCUGCUGUGCUCUCCGAGCGCCGCCGGCUGAUCCACGAGCUGCUCAAGCUGUUGCUCGCGCGUCCCAAGUGCGACAACUGCGGAAUGUUCUCUCCCACAUUCAGAAAAGAAGGCAUGUCAAAGGUCUUUGAAAUCAGCUUGAAGGAGAAGCAGGCGCAGAACAACAAGCUCAAGGGCGGCUACCGACAGGAUGCUUUCUACGACCAAGGCCAGCGCCGAAGAGAAGGAAAGACCCCCGAGGCCGACAGCGAGAGUAUGAUGGAAGACGACGAGACCGAUGACUCGCGUCAGGCCAGCGCCUCGAAAGCGUCCUCGCAGCAGCGAUACGUCUUGUCGACCGAGGUUCAUAACCAUCUUCGACGACUGUUCCGCAAAGAAAAGGGAAUCAUGAAGACCAUCUUCCAGUCCCGAACCGGCGGAUCGGACACGGCGAGUGCAGACAUGUUUUUCAUCGAGUACCUCGUCGUUCCGCCGACCAAGUUCCGUCCUCCGGGCAAGGUCGGCGGCGAGACGCACGAAGCAGUGCAGAACGAACUGCUCGGAAAGAUUUUGCAGUCGACGCUGCGCAUCCGUGAUCUCAACCAGCGCCUGGAGGAGAUGAAGAACGAGAAGGCGUCUACGAAGGGCGUUGAGUUCCGCCAGCUCUUGCGACAGCUGUCAAACAUGUUUGUCACCGUCCAGGACGACGUUAAUGCGUUUAUCGAUAGCACCAAGAGCACGCAGGGCGGCGGCAGAGUUCCUCCUCCCGGUAUCAAGCAGUUGCUCGAGAAGAAAGAAGGUCUGUUCCGCAUGCACAUGAUGGGAAAGCGUGUCAACUAUGCUGCUCGAUCAGUCAUCUCUCCCGAUCCCAACAUCGAGACCAACGAGAUUGGAAUUCCUCCCGUGUUUGCCGUCAAGCUCACGUACCCGGAGCCGGUAACUGCUUACAACUUCCAAGAGAUGCGCAAGUGCGUUAUCAACGGUCCCACUGUGUGGCCUGGUGCGACGCAUAUCGAGAAAGAAGACGGCACGCUCGUGGCGCUGCAUACCAUGACGCUCGAGCAACGAACCGCUCUCGCCAACCAGCUCUUGACGCCUUCCUUUGGCUCCGCGGCCACCAACAAGAAAGUCUACCGUCACAUCCGCAACCAGGACGUUGUGAUUAUGAACCGUCAGCCUACGCUGCACAAGGCGUCAAUGAUGGGUCACAAAGUCAAGGUUCUGCCGGGCGAGAAGACGUUGCGGCUGCACUACGCAAACACGAACGCGUACAACGCCGAUUUCGACGGAGACGAGAUGAACAUGCAUUUCCCGCAGAACGAGAAUGCGCGAGCAGAGGCCUUGAUGCUCGCAAACACAGACUCGCAGUACCUCGUCCCGACGUCCGGAAAGCCGCUUCGUGGUCUGGUGCAGGAUCAUAUCGUUACUGGUGUGUGGAUGACCAACAAGGACACCAUGUUCACUCGCGAGCAGUACCAUCAGCUUGUGUAUGGAACCCUUCGUCCGGAAGAUGGUCAUACUACGACCAACCGGAUCUUGACCGUGCCUCCUGCGAUCAUCAAGCCGGUGCCGAUGUGGACCGGAAAGCAGAUCAUCACGACGAUGCUGCUCAACAUCAAACCUCUGAACGCGCCCGGUCUCAACCUGAUCUCGAAGGAUAAGAUCGACGACCGCUACUGGGGCCCGGGAUCGGUCGAGGGAACGGUGCUGUUCAUGAACGGCCAGAUGCUGGCGGGUAUUCUCGACAAGUCGCAGUUCGGUGCGUCCGAGUUUGGUUUUGUGCAUUCCGUGCACGAGAUCUACGGGCCUUCGGUGGCAGGAAAGUUGCUCAGUGUUCUUGGCCGGCUGUUUACAAAGUACGUGCAGUUCCGCGGCUUCACUUGCGGAAUGGACGACUUGCGUCUGACCGCCGACGGAAACAAAUGGCGAGUCGAUAUCCUUGCUGCGGCGAAGGAAGUCGGCGCCAAGGCCGCGACCGAGGUUGUCAAUCUUCCUGAGGACACGCGACCGAACGAUCCUGAGCUGCGGCGACGACUGGAGGACGUUCUGCGGGAUGCGAAUAAGAGCGCGGUGAUGGAUGCGGUUGCGCAGAAGCACGUCAAUGCCGUGACCUCGGAGGUUGUCGCGAAAUGUAUCCCCGACGGAACGCUAAAGUCGUUCCCCAAGAACUCGUUCAUGUCGAUGGUCUUGUCUGGAGCCAAGGGCUCGAACGUGAACUUGUCGCAGAUCAUGUGCAUGCUCGGACAGCAGGCUCUCGAAGGCCGUCGUGUGCCUGUGAUGAUCAGCGGUAAGACGUUGCCGUCGUUCAAGGCAUUCGAUACUACCGCAAAGUCUGGCGGUUACAUCGCCAGCCGCUUCUUCACCGGAAUCAAGCCGCAGGAGUUUUACUUCCAUUGCAUGGCCGGCCGCGAGGGCUUGAUUGAUACGGCUGUGAAGACCAGUCGAUCAGGAUACCUGCAGCGAUGCCUGAUCAAGCAGCUAGAGGGCGUCAAGACCGAGUACGACAACACCGUCCGCGACAGCGACGGCUCGCUCGUGCAGUUCCUCUACGGCGGCGACGCCGUCGAAGUCAACCAGGAGAGCCACCUGAUGAACUUUGAGUUUUGCGCGCAAAACUUCCACUCGCUGCUGCAAAAGUACUCGUCCGCGGAGCUCGCGGGCGUGAUUGACGAGAGCUCGGCCAAGUCGUACGCCAAGAAGGUGCGCAAGCUGAACGAGAAGGAGGCGGCGCUGCCGCAUUAUCUGCGGUCGGCAAAGUAUGAGCCGACGAUUUCAAAGUUCUCGCCUAGUACGCACAUGGGCAGUGUGUCUGAUAUCUUCCAGAAGAAGCUUGAUGAGUUCACUGCUGCACGCAAAGACACCAUCUUCGCCAAACACAACGGCAGCGGCUUGAGCGAGAAAUCAUUCAAGGCGCUGAUGACGCUCAAGUACAUGCGCUCGCUCGUGCACCCCGGCGAAGCCGUCGGCAUUCUUGCGUCGCAGUCGAUCGGCGAGCCGUCGACGCAGAUGACGCUCAACACGUUCCAUUUCGCGGGCCAUGGUGCGGCGAACGUGACGCUGGGAAUCCCGCGUAUGCGCGAGAUCAUCAUGACGGCGAGUAGUAACAUCAAGACGCCGCAGAUGCGGUUGCCGGUGCUGGACGACGUGAGCGACGAGCAGGCGGAUGACUUUAGCAAGACGAUCGCGAGGGUUGUGAUCUCUGAGUUGAUUGACGACGUGACUGUCACGGAGCGGACCGGGAUCCUGCCCGACAGCGACAUCACGGCGCGGUCGUACACGGUGCGGGUGAAGUUCUACCCGCGGGCGGAGUACGAGAGCGAGUACGAUGUGUCGCAGGCGAUGCUGGAGCACACUGUGACGACGAAGUUUUUGCACCGGUUGACGACGACGGUGACGAAGGAGCUCAAGCGGCAGAAGAAGGUGAUGAGCUCUGAUGUUGCGGGCGAGAUCGGCAAGGCGAGGAAGAGCAAGGCGGCAACGGACGAGGCUGAGGCGGAUACCCGUCGGAAGGCGAAUGACGACGAGUCAGACGACGACGAUGACGACGACGAUGACGACGAGAACGACGACGGAGACGCGACGAACGAGAGACUAAAGUCGCGGACGAAGGAAGUGUCUGCGUACGAAGAGCCGGAUGAUGGCGAGAAGGAAGUUCUCAAGUCUGUCAAGCUCGACGGGGAUGACGACGACGAAGGCGACGAGAUGGAGGUCGACAGCAAGAGUAGCCCGACCAAGAAGCGCGCGAGCGCGGCGGCAGAGGACUCCGAGUCGGAGGACGAGGACGAGACUGCUGCGAGCAGACGGAUCAACCCGGUGUCGAAGCGCGCGAAGGAGCGCCAGCAGGAAGUGAUUGGCAUGUACGGCAACGUGUUCCGGUUCGACUUUGACGACGAGGCGGGAGAGUGGUGCGAGUUUGAGCUGCAGUACCCGUCCGACACCGCGAAGCUGUUGAUGAUCAACAUCAUCGAAUCUGUGUGCCGGUCGGUGGUUGUGCGCGAGAUCCCAAAGAUCGGGCGCUGCAUGCGUGUCGCGCCGGCCAAGGGCUCGACGAAGCGGUUCCUGGUGACCGAGGGCGUGAACUUCCCUGCGAUGUGGGAGCAAGACGACUUCAUCAACGUCGACGGGAUCCGAUCGAACAACAUCGCCGAAGUGCUGCGUGUCUACGGCGUCGAAGCCGCGCGCAACACGAUCGCGAACGAAGUCGCGGGCGUGUUCGAGCCGUACGGGAUUAAAGUGAACGCGCGCCAUCUCGAGCUGAUUGCCGACAUGAUGACGCGCGACGGCGGGUACUUGCCGUUCAACCGACACGGCGUGGAGGCUAGCGCGUCGCCGUUCUUGAAGAUGAGCUUUGAGACUACGUUUAACUUUUUGAAACAGGCGGUGUUGAACGGAGACGUGGACGAUGUGGAUAGUCCGAGUGCGCGGUUGGUCGUCGGGCGGCUGUCGUCGGUUGGUACGGGUGUGUUUGAUGUGUUGACGAAGCUGUGGUGAGCUGUACUCUUGACAGUGUUAGAAGCGUGUAUGUUGCGGAGUAUGUUUAAUUUGUUUUUGUCUGUGUUUUGUAAUAGUGUGUGCAUUUUAGAUCCGAUAAUGAAACUAAAAGUUCUUCAUCUUUGCUGAGAGAGUAGAUGAGAGAGUAGUUGAUAAUGCGAG